UGUUGGCUACUCCCGCAUCUCUACGCUUUGACAUGUUUUCAUUCCGCAAAUGAGUUCCAUUAAAAUAUUUUCCUAGAAGUACUUCGGAGUAAAUCGCGAACGAUGAUGUCCGAGAGGGAUUACGCGCCCCUCAGUGCGGCGUGUGUUCGUUCCCUUAAUGACAAAUUGUACGAGAAACGGAAACCAGCUGCGGUAGAGAUAGAGAAGAUGGUGAAGGAGUUUGCUGCCCACAAUAACACUGUGCAGAUCAAGAGACUACUAAAGGUUCUCGGACAGGACUUUGCCACUUCGCAGAAUCCACACACCCGGAAAGGCGGCUUAAUAGGUCUCGCAGCUAUCGCCGUUGGUCUUGGAAAGGAUACCGGCCAGUACAUAGAAGACUUAAUACACCCGAUCCUGGCAUGUUUCUGCGAUGCUGACCUAAGAGUCAGAUAUUAUGCUUGCGAGAGUCUGUACAACGUGGUGAAGGUGGCGAGAGGUGCUGUAUUGCCUCAGUUUACGGACAUUUUCGCUGCUCUCAGCAAACUCGCCUGUGAUUCCGAGCAGAACAUAAAGAAUGCUACUGAGUUGCUUGAUAGAUUGAUGAAGGUAGUGAUUGGAUUCAUGUUCCAUCUCCUGCUAAAAGGAGAAGAUUUUUAUACUGCGUAUUGUGUACUGUUUCAGGAUAUUGUAACGGAAAGCGGCCUCUUUGACCUAGUUGGAUUCAUGCCUCUGUUGCGUGAGCGUAUUUACACAAAGAAUCCAUUUGGCAGGCAGUUUGUAAUAUCAUGGGUGUCCGUGCUAGCCGCAGUGCCUAACAUGGACUUUAUCAUAUUCCUGCCUGAGAUACUGGACGGAUUGUUCAGAAUAUUGGAGGAUCCGACGCCGGAAAUCAAGAAAGUUACAGAUACCGUUCUCGGUGAAUUCUUACGUAGCAUAAAGUCGAAUUCCGCGAGAGUGGACUUCCCUGCCAUGAUAAAUAUACUGAUCAUGCACGCUCAGAGCACCGAUGAAUUGCUACAGCUAACUGCGAUUACGUGGAUAAAGGAGUUUGUACAGUUGUCUGGUCCUCUUAUGCUACCAUACAUGUCGGGCAUUCUCGUGGCCGUUUUGCCGUGCCUGGCCUACGACGGUGACACGCGAAAAAGUAUUAAAGAAACGGCCACUCAGGUAAACGCAAAUUUGAUGAAAUUAAUAAUCAUGGAAAAUACGGAGAUUCCAAAUAAGAAGCAGGAUAAUAACACAGAUUCUACAAGAGAUAAGGAUGACAUAACGCAAAGUGGUUCCCUGGCUGAAAGCUUAGAUCUCGCCAGUGUCGUGGAGGUACUUACAAAACACUUGUUGUACAUAUCGGUCCAAACCAAAGUCGCAGUUUUAAAGUGGAUGCACCAUUUGUUCAUAAACAUUCCGCAUAAAAUGUUUAAUCAUACGGAAGACCUAUUUGUGAUAUUAAUGAAGUCAUUAAGCGAUACGUCCGACGAGGUGGUGCAACAGACUUUAGUGGUAAUGGCUGAGAUUAUCAGCUCGAAAUCGCCGGAGGCAGUAACGGCCGAUCCGGAUGGGAAAAUGCAGAAUAAAUAUUUCACAAAGUUUAUUAUCAAUUUAUUGAGACUCUUCUCGACCGACAGACACCUGUUGGAAGAACGAGGUGCUUUCAUUAUAAGGGAACUAUGCGUGCUCUUGAGCGCGGAGGACAUAUACAAAACACUAGCAAAGAUAUUAUUAGAAGAGCAAAAUUUAAGCUUCGCGUGUACGAUGAUACAGACUCUGAACGUUAUUCUGUUAACUAGUUCCGAGUUAUUCGAUUUGCGCAACAAGCUCAGGCAUCUGGAUUCUGCAGAUAGUUGCGCAUUAUUUGAAUGCCUAUACGUAUCAUGGUGCCAUAAUCCGGUCGCAACGGUGGCGUUGUGCCUGCUGUCUCAGCACUAUCGACACGCGUGCAACAUCAUUCGAUCUUUUGAAAACAUAGAAGUUACGGUCGAGUUUCUCACGGAAAUAGACAAACUGGUGCAGCUAAUAGAAUCGCCGAUAUUUACUUAUCUAAGACUGCAAUUGUUGGAAUGGGAGCAGAAUGACGCGCUUAUAUACGCAUUAUACGGCCUGCUCAUGAUUCUGCCACAGAGUGAAGCCUACGCUACACUGCAACGUCGUUUAGCGGCGAUACCACCAGCUACGAAACCGAUACCUAAAAGUGAACAAUCGCAGGAGAAGGGCACGGGCGCAUAUUGUCCAUUCGAUUUUAGUAAAUUAUUAAAGCAUUUUCACGUAGUGCAGGAGCAACACAGAGAACACAAGCGCAAGCAACGAUUGAACUCUUUAAUCGAGAGGAAUAGUAGUCAUACAGAUGCGUGAGUCACGUUUCUUACACGCGGAAAUUUAUAUCUGCGAAUUUUACAUCCGAUAUACAAAGAUAUACUUGAUUUGCUAAUUUUUUACUCGAACCGGAAUUACGUAAGUCAAAAAUAUAUACUCGCUUGUGUUUAAGCUUUGUUAUCGAUAUAUAUAUAUAUAUAUGUAUAAAUGAUUAUUAUUUAUUAAAGUGCAAUCACGCGCGCGUUGAAAAUAAACGAUCGUAUGAUCUUAAA